UUAGGGUUUGGAAAAUGAUGAACUUACGCCGAAUUGCAGCAGGAGAAGGUUCUCUUCAUCUCUGGAAGAGAGGUAUGAAGAUGGCACGAAUGGCUCAUUCUUCCUUUUCGUCUGCUUCUUCUUCUUAGAGAAACGCAAACCGGCGGAUGCGGAUCGAGGGAGCUUUUUCUCCUGAGAAGAGAAUAGUAUUUUGGAGAAGCUGCGGUCACUUAUGGGUGAGACCGUAGACUUCAUCAUGAGGGAGGAAGAGAAGAAGGGUGCUGUGUCCUUCACUCAUGCGGAUCUCAUCACCACGGCCGAGCAGCUUGACAAGGAAGGCAAACAUGACUAUGCCUUCGAGAUCUUGGAGUGGAUGGAUAGAAAGAAGAUGAGUUUUUCUCCGAAGGAGCUUCAACUUUUUGUUGGUAUUAUUGCCAAGACUAAAGGCUUAGAUGCUGCUGAAGCCUACUUCAAGAAAGUAGACCCAAACUUCAAGUAGGGGGAUCCUGCUCGUUCCAAGAAUUAUCCAGCUUUCGCGAGACUCUCGUUAUUUUGAACCGUGAGUUUGAAUUUCAAAAUGGGGUAAGGCGAGCUGUUCUUCAGUAUCGCAAUGGCGUUGAGCUGGAUGAGUGUUAGUUAAACUAUUAGUUUGUUUGGUUGGUUGGUUGGCUUUCAUAUGUACUCCUCCUCUUUUCCUUCUUUUAAUCUCUUGUCAUCAUCUUCUUCAUGCCUCUGUGUAUCUCUUCUUAACUGGAUGUGACCAUCUUUAUGAAUAAUAAUAGACCACUCUAGCUACUA